CCUGGUUGAGGAACGUUUCCUACCAAACGCCCAUUUCUUGAGAAAACAAAGUGAAAGUGAAAAUUCACAUACAGUAUUCCACGUCCACGCUUAUCUGUGCCAUAACCCGGUACCGCUGACCGAAUAACGGACGUGUUUUUCGCGGUGCAGCUCUGAAGUCUUAAAAAUGAAGUGUUCAAAGUGUGGUCGCAAUUGUAAGAAGAAAGCCAAGUUCUGCAGCAACUGUGGCAAAAAUUUGUCUCUCCAGCCUCCCAACAGCCUCGGGAAUGAACCAAUGUCCCUGGAGGCAGAUUUGGAAGAAGACACAUCACAGAAACUCACCAAAAAUACCUCCAGUGGGCCAAAUGACAAGAGCAUUGUCAACUCAAAGAAAAAGAAAAAAAAGAGAAAGAGGGACAGAAAGAGUAAAGAUGGUAUCUUACCAACAUCAAACAAAGACACACCCUCUUCAUUGAUAAGUCAAACAUCGGAAAAUGUCAUGGAUUCCGUUCAACAAGAGUUCUCAUCACAAGAAAGCUUGUCUAGCAACAAUAGUAAUACACAGGCUGGUGGCAGUGAUAGUGAAACGACUGAAACAAGUAGAACACCCACGUCUGAAGUCACUUCGGAUAAACUUAUCACUGAAGGGAGCGAUGCACAAACAUCUGGUCAAGCUUCAGCAGCUAUGACUGGGGACUCUACCUCUAAGGACCCCACCAGUUUAGAAGCUAGCUCAGGUUUUGGCAAAGGCAACAAAGCUAACAACAAAAAGUCUCAAAGACCUCGAAGCGACAACUCCAACGCCAAAGAUCAACAAGUCACCUCUGAGAAACCUUCACUUGACCGUAACCCCAACGGGAUUCCAGAAAUGACAGCAAAAUCAAAACUGACCGAAAAUGGAAAGAAGGAGCAAAACCAUAAGCAAUCUAGUACUACACAACAAAGAAUGGUCUUUGGCCCUCAGACGCCAUCUAAGGGGUCUAUUUUUUUCAAGGAACAUAAUGCAGACAUCGGCUCCAGCGUAGACAUGCCGGUUGCAGUGGAGCACAUGGCGGAUGAUGCAUUAUCCAAUAUGUUGCCACUUGAACUGAUACAAAAAAAGAAGACAAACAUGACUUCUUGCAAAACCAGAAUGACAAUUUACUUCCACGCCGUCCUCUCAAAAGACUUCAAUCUUGACCCGAGUAAAGAUCUCGUCUACAUCAGGGCUGGAUCUCAUAUUGGAACAUGGGCUGAAAAUGCAGUUCAGCUAAGUGUGACCGGAGAUUAUGGGGAACAUGGGUAUUUGGUCGAAGGCAGUAUGGAAACAACAAAAGAUGAGGCUGUGUCCGUGUCAAUACCAUACAAAUAUGCUGUCUACAAGGCAGAACAGAAAAAAAUUGUGUAUGAGUACAUCUACAAAUUGGAUUCUGCCCACAUUACUAACAGAUGCUUGUUUGUGAAAGACCACCUCCUUAACAAAGACGGGGACUGGCAUCAAUAUGAUGACAUUGUCUGUAUUCAGCCAUCAAAAAGCAUUUUAGACAAAAUGAAAGGAUAUAUACCUUGGCCCAACCAGAAGAAACCACUUGUUCAAGGCAGAGAGAUCGCUGGGAGAAUAAUGCUGGGCAGGAUAUUUGAGCUUCUCAGCGACUGGACUGACAUCAAUGUGUCAAGUUUUUUACUCCAGCUGAAUCAGUUCUUUCAGGUCUAUUCAAACCCAUAUGUUUAUGAGGUCAAACAGCACAAAUGGUCAUCCUUAAACUAUGGAGAGGAUGAAGUGAAGGAGAUGAUGAAGGAAUUCAUGCUGACACAAAUGACUCCUCAAUUACUGAAGGAUGAAAAUGCAGAGAGUGUGUACAUUAAAGAUCCUCUGCGAGCGGCUGUGAUCGUGCUCUAUGUGUGUAGAACAUACACCAUCAAACUGGACUCGACCGCGCUCCUCCGCCUAUGCAUUGCACUGUGUUUACCCAAACUAAACAGAAACGACUUCCUCCAGUACUGGGAAAAGAUUUCACAGGAUAUUGCUGUUCUUAAAGGGCUGCCAAGUCAUUUGUUGUCACUCAUAAACACUGUGAAGCAGAAUGGAGAUCCCAACUGGAUUUUGGUGUUACCGCUCUUUCACCUCAUCGAAGGCUCCACAAAACCCUUUGAGACACUGACUUCCAGCAGCUCUGAGUUUGACUUGUCGAUGGCAGGUCUGCAAGGAGUCUGGGACCAGGGAUAUAAAAUGAACAGUCAUGACAAGAAGGCUGUGGUCAAUAUGAUGAAAAACAAUGGCCACUUGAUAGAGGUGGAUCCACUUGUAGUGCGGUCCUGUUUGCACCUGAUGUCAAUCAGUGAUCUGAAAGAACACAGCUUCCAAAUGAAUGCCCAACUUUUGGACAUUUUACAAGUCUUUACGAAUAAGACACCUCGAGAGAUUAGCUACACUAACUUUGAGGAUGUAUCUGCCAUUCUUUCACAUGUCCAAACAUAUCUACUUGAGAAGAAAUACAGUUGCUUCUCUGAGGAAUAUGCAAGAUCGUGCCUGACAGCAACGCUGAAACUCUUUCAGAAGAUUUGCAAAGGAGUCAAGUCAAAAACCCUUACAUCUGUGCCUGUAUUGUGCAUGGAUCUGGUUGCUACAGUGUUUGACUUUGUUUCCCGGGAACCUGAAGGAGUUGAACAGCAGCAGUUUGAAAAAGACUUGAUUACCUCAAAUGCAAUGGUCACUCUGAGACAAUGGAUGAGUUCAUUCUUCAAGGAGAGUUUGUUCUUCAAGGGGAUUUCUUCCCUUUAUAAGAUUAAUUCUACAGAGGAGAUGAAGGUGUGGAAUCACAUCAUAUCCAUCAACUUCAAAGAUGAGGAGUGCACGCAAGAGUGGAGGAAGAAAUUAUCUAAGGACUUUGAGGGCAAGUACAAAAAGGAAAGUCCUGAUGAUCAACUUGAUUUUUACUGCGCAAGAAAAGACGACCUCACUGAAUCUCUGACGCAUGUUGCCCCUAUUAUUGAGCAGUGUGCUUUUGAGGCUGUUUCAUCUGUAUGCCAGAGCAAGUCUGAGGGAAAAUUGUUCGAGAAGUUCAAGAUGGACGGGAGGUUCAUGAAACUAGUCUCUGCCAUUGUGUGGAAUUCGUGGCCAAAGGACCGGCAAGGACAUUAUGAUGACAAUGAAGAGGUGGUCCUUCGGCACCUUCUCUCCUGGACCGCAGCCAAAUAUGUUCUCCAGCUACACGGGGGUAAAGAAGACCUUACAGAGAAACUCACAAAGGAUGCCAAAAAGCAAAUUGUUGUUGCCAUAUCAACAUUUACAAGAAUUAAAAAUCAGUUUAUUCAGGGAAACAUCCAAAUAAAGCUGCUCAAAAUCAUUUUGGAAAAUAAAGCGGCUUUCAAAGACCUACUGAAGCUUGAUUGUCUCUCAGAGAAUGAACAGCACAGAGAUACUUGGAAAAUGGUUCAGCUGCUGGAUUAUAGAGAUUCUGAAGUUAAAGGUGUUUACAAUGAGAAGGAGAAAGUGGACGCCAUGUUAACAAUGAUUCACAGUCUUGACGAGCAUGUGAUAGUUGACGUCAAAGACAUGGAUGACAGACGCCGUGUCGACAUUGAUGCAAUGCCCCUGGACCAUUUCAUGCAGGUUCACAAAUUUGACCAACUUUCCUCCACGGUGGCUGGUGUUGUCACUUACUUCAAAGAGGAUCAAGACACCAGAGACAUGCCAGAUGUCUUGUUCAAGUUCAAAGACAGUUAUAUAUUUAACAUUUGUUGGCGGGAACAGGCCAAACUCCUGUCCAAUAAAGAAAUGGAGCACAACAGUUGUGUUGAAGAUGCGGUAGCACGCAAAAAGCUGACACUGGAUGUGCUACAUGCUGACAUUUUUGAGCCUUGCUUUGCCAAUUACAAAGACAUCUACACACGUUUGAAGGAUGGCAGUAUAAAAAUAAAGGAGGUGAACCAUCUUUUCAGCAAUUAUAAGGGCAAGUACGAUGAUCUCAGAAGAGACUUGGACAUUAUGUGCAAAGUUGACAUGUCGUCAGAGAAACAGUGGAUCCACAGUAGGCUUCAACAGAUCGAGCAAUAUCAUGAGCUCCAUCGUGCUGUGGCUUCAGCUGAGGUCAUCAUGGAAGUCAAAGAUGCGCUUGGUCUUCAAGGAGACUUCAGAUUACUGGAGACACUCGUGAACGUUAGCCAUGCAGACUUUCAGAAUGAGGAGCUGCAACGGAUCGACAAUGACUUAAUAGGGACAAAAAAGGAUCUGGUAGACAUUACAGAGUCUCGCAAACGUUGCUUGAAGGAGCUGGGACAGAGGGGCCCCUUUCUAAAAUGGGUACAAGAUGCUCUGAAAGAUCUAAAUGAGUUGAAGGUGUUUGUUGACCUGGCUUCCAUCUCUGCGGGAGAGAACGACAUGGAGGUGGAUCGUGUGGCUUGCUUUCAUGACGCAGUUCUUGGCUACUCUUCCAUUCUGUACGAACUCCAACCAGACUCCGGGUUUCAGGCCUUCAAAGAUGUUUUAAGGAAACUCUGGAGAGCUUUGGACAACGAUAAGAACCUUCCCAAAAAAUUGUGUGACAGUGCUCGCCAUUUGGAUUGGUUGAAGACAGUAAAAGACAGUCAUGGGUCAGUGGAGCUGUCUUCUCUCUCUCUGGCAUCAGCCAUCAACAGAAAUGGUGUUUACCGAAUUGGUGCCCAGAAAGGAAAAAGGGUGAGUCUUGACACCACCUUGAAACUUGAGAUUCUGGAAGACCAUGAUGAAGAGCCCGAGACGCGCUACUAUUCUCUUGAAGAUUUGCGGGAUCUGCAGAACAAAUUGAUGCUCAUGUCUGGGAAAGGUGAUCAAGGACAGAGGGAAGUGAAUUACUUUGCAGAGGUGUUUGCUGGUGUUCAAAGACUAUCUGAGGCUUUCAUUGCCCUCUACGCUGCUGGAAACCCUCUCUUUAGACACUGGGAGGCCGAAAUCCACUGCUGCGCCAGUGAGAGAAACAGUAUUGUGAUGGACUUCAACCUAGGGAACCUUUUCAAUCGUGUCGCCGUUGAAGGCAACAUUGAGGGGUGUUUGCCUGAACUUUGCAGGAAAAUGGAGAAAUGCCUGUACUUUUGGAUGGAUUUUGUGGACAAACAGAGAUCACAGCAUUACUAUUUAAACUACUUUACAGCUGAACAGGUUGUCUACCUAUCCAACAACCUGUCACUUCAACAUAUGGGAUAUGUAGAGGAUCAAGUGCUAAUGAUGCUGUCCUUUGUGAAGUCAAAAUGCACAGCCUCAGACUUAAAAAAUAUCUGGCAUGAAUUCCAAAAUGAAAUCCUUGCGCAGCCACAAGAACAAAAUGAGGAAAUUGAGUUCCAGACCUUUGUUGUAGUACCAGGUUGCGAGAUGGGAAUCUCUGACCUUAAUAGAGAAUCGGAUACUGUGUCAUAUCUUGGGGAACAAACAAAUGGAUUGCAAAGUUUUGAUCAGAUAUGGAAUGCUUACAUGAAAGACAUGAAACAAUUUCUUCCACACAUUCUUGAUCUAAAAAGUCUUGGAAGACUGCUGGAAAUAUUGGCUGACAAGGACAAUGGGGGUGGGAAUAUUUCUGAAAAGAAAUUAAUUAAAAGGGAGUCCCCUUUAGGCCUGGCAGCUGGAAAUCCAAACCUCAUUGUUUGUCCUCACAAAGAGGUGUUGACUUCUUGCAUCUCUAUUUAUAUGGCCAGUGAAGGUGAGCCGCUCCCAACUUACGAUGAGGUCCUGUUGUGCAACUCAUUGACAACGUAUGAACAGGUGGAGCUAUUCCUCAGACGUUGUUUUAUGGCAGGUUGCAGCGGGAACAAAAUAUACUGUCUUCUGUAUGGGGAUAUGCUUACAUAUGACGUGAGCUCUAAAGUUGAGAAGUUUUUUCAAUGCAAGAAAUUACAGCGCAUGAAAGACUAUAGACUUGUUAUCCUUUGCAGCUCAGAAAGAGAACAUACCUACCUUCCAACAGCCUUCAGUCAAUACAGGUUGCACAUAGUUCCUCAAGAACCACUGGCCGACAUAAAAGAGUAUCUCCAUCGGCAUUAUGUGGUCCCAGCAGAUCAAUGUAGCGCAGCAGCUGUAUUCAAAGAUCGCCUCUGUAUUGGUACAGUAUCGUCGACAAGGGCUGGUGUUGGUAAAUCCCUUUACAUUAAGAGGCUUUAUGAAACCCUGAAAGCCUCAGUUGAAAAUCCAUCAAUGAUGAAAUGCAUUCGCUUGAUUGAACCAAGUAUUGAUGAGAACACCAUUCUUAAGUCUCUUUUGGACAUUCGUGCAAAGAAGAAACUCAUUGUGUUCCAUUUUGAUAUUACAUCAUCGGUACAGAAAGGAAUCCACGAGUUUCUUUUUAAGUUGCUCUUUCUGCGUUACCUAAUGGACUCUGAGGGAAACAUGUGGAAGUGCAGUGACAAGCAUUUAUAUGUCAUUGAGUUCUUGGAACAAACUGUCGAGCAAAACAGAAAUCCUUCCGGUCAGACGAAAACCCCAAUAAGCUCGUUCACUGAUGUGUUUCCUAAUAUUUUUUGUCGACCUCCUAAAGAGGUACUGAGGCUGAUAAUGGAGCCGCAGGAAGAUCCCAAUGUGAGCAGUGACAACCCACUAAUGGAUGACAAAGUGUUCAGGAGCUCAGCCUUCCAGCGACCUUACCAGUAUCUCAUACGGUUCCAUAACCGCAGCGAUCUUGACAAGUUCAGGUAUACGGUCCGUCAAGGGCCUAACAAAGUCUGUCACAGGGAAGCUGAGGGAUCACAUGGAGAAUGUCUUCAGAUGCUUCUCGUGUACUGUGGCAUUACAGACCCAUCCUGGGCAGAACUAAGACAUUUUUCUCAGUUUCUCAACAUGCAGCUGAAAGACUGUGAGUCAUCACAUUUCUGUGAUGUAAACUUAACAGGUGAUAUCCUUACUGGAUUCAAAACAUUUGUGGUGGAUUUUAUGAUUCUGAUGGCCAAGGACUUUGCAACUCCAUCACUCAAUAUUUCCGACCAGAGCCCCAGUACAGCACAAAUGGACCUUAACCAUGGCCCAGAUGAAGAUAUUGUCCCCUUUUUAAUCAGAAAGAGAUGGGAAACAGAACCACACCCAUACAUCUUCUUUAAUGAUGACCAUAUGUCCAUGACCUUCAUUGGUUUUCAUCUUAGACCCAAUGAACAGAAGGCAGUUGAUGCUUUUGAUCCCAAAUCUGGAAGAGUUAUUAAAAAAAAUGUCAUGUCACUGGCAUUGUUUCAAGGCCUUCAGCUUCAGGGAGUUCCUUUCAACACAGACUUUGAUAAAUUAUCCAGAAGUGAGAAAAUACAAAGAAUCUGCAAUGUUCUUGGAAUCCAUAAUCAUUUGGACCCUGAUGAAACAUAUGAGCUUACAACUGACAACAUAAUGAAGAUUCUGGCAAUCCAUAUGCGUUUCAGGUGUGGCAUCCCUGUCAUCAUCAUGGGAGAGACAGGAUGUGGUAAAACAAGGCUCAUCAAAUAUCUUUGUGAAUUAAAAAGGAGGACCCUUGCGUCUGAAAACAUGAAACUGGUCAAAGUGCAUGGAGGGACAACAUCAGAAAUGAUUUACACAAAAGUAAGAGAAGCAGAAGACAUUGCUUCAGUCAACAAACAAAUCCAUGGAUUGGACUUGGUUCUUUUCUUUGAUGAGGCUAACACCACUGAGGACAUUAGCAGUAUCAAGGAAGUACUUUGUGACAAGACAGUCAAAGGAGAACGUUUAGUACCUAAUUCUGGACUGCAGAUCAUUGCAGCAUGCAACCCUUACCGUAAGCACACAGUAAAUAUGAUCAAAAGGUUGGAAUCAGCCGGUCUUGGGUACAGAGUCCGAGCUGAGGAAACUGAUGAAAAGCUAGGCUCUAUUCCUCUCCGACAAUUAGUCUACAGAGUUCAAGCGCUGCCACCAAGCAUGAUCCCGCUGGUGUGGGACUUUGGUCAGUUAAAUGAUAACACAGAGGAGAUAUACAUUGAGCAGAUUGUGAAGAGAGUUGUGCAAAGCAGAAACAUUGCUCAGGGUUACUUCAAAUGGAUAACUCAGGCACUUUCUGCCUCACAGAAAUAUAUGCGCUCAAUGAAAGAUGAAUGUAGCUUUGUCAGCCUGAGAGACGUGGAACGUUGCAUGCAGACUUUUGUUUGGUUUUAUGACAACCAUGCUCGUUUUUUUGCAGAGCUUGAAAAGUAUGUUACUGAUCAAAAGCGGGACCAACAACAAAAACAAGAUCAGAGUGUGCCAAAGGAGAAAGAUUCAGUAAUAUGGUCUCUUGUCAUGGCCUUAGGAGUGUGCUACCAUGCCUGCCUUGAACAUAAGGACAAUUACAGACAAUACGUCAGCAAAAGCCUACCAAGAGAGUACAGUGCAGCAAAAAUUAGACAAGACAUCACAAUUAUGCAGGAUUUACUCCUCAGUGGCGUACCAAUGGCUGACACCAUUGCAAGAAAUGGUGCACUCAAAGAGAAUGUUUUCAUGAUGGUUCUCUGCAUUGAACUUAGGAUUCCACUUUUUUUAGUUGGGAAACCUGGAAGUUCAAAAUCUCUAUCAAAAACACUGGUGGCAGAUGCAAUGCAAGGCCAGGCUGCGCACUCUGACCUCUUCAAAAGGCUGAAGCAAAUUCAUUUGGUUUCGUUCCAGUGUAGCCCCCACUCUACACCAGAGGGAAUCAUUAAUACAUUCAGACAAUGUGGACGUUUUCAGGAAGGAAAGAAUCUUGAUGAAUACAUUUCGGUCGUUGUUCUUGAUGAGAUUGGGCUUGCUGAAGACUCCCCAAAGAUGCCUCUUAAAACCCUUCACCCACUGCUUGAAGAAGGAUGCAUUGAUGACAAGCCACUGCCACACAAAAAGGUUGGCUUUAUUGGCAUUUCCAACUGGGCAUUAGAUCCUGCAAAGAUGAACAGAGGCAUAUUUGUGUCUCGUGGCGACCCUGACGAGCGCGAACUGAUUGAAAGUGCAAAAGGGAUAUGCUCAUCUGAUGUGAUGGUUUUGGAGAAGGUGAGAGAAUUGUUUCGACCUUUUGCAAAAGCUUACCUGAAAAUCUGCCAUGAACAAGGCAAUGGAUUUUUCGGCCUGCGUGACUAUUACAGCCUGAUUAAAAUGAUUUAUGCAGCAGCCAAAAUAUCGCAACGCAAGCCCACUUGUGAGGAGGUCAUUAAGGCAGUCUUGAGAAAUUUUAGUGGCAAAACUGAUGUUGAUGCAGUGUCUGUUUUUACCAGAAGUCUUCCAGUUGCACCUAAAUUGGAGAACAUCAAUGCCAUUGAGUUUGUGAGCGAGAACAUUCAGGCAGUUGGACAAGAGGAAGAAUGCCGCUACUUGCUAGUGCUUACAAAAAAUUUUGCAGCUCUUCAGAUCUUGCAACAAACAUUCUUUUCAGAGUGUGGGCAGCCAGAAAUAAUCUUUGGAUCCAGCUUUCCAAAAGACCAAGAGUAUGCUCAAAUCUGCCGCAACAUCAACAGAGUAAAGAUCUGCAUGGAAACAGGCCAAACGGUUGUGCUUCUGAACUUACAGAACCUCUACGAAAGUCUCUAUGAUGCCCUCAACCAAUAUUAUGUCUACUUGGGAGGACAAAAAUAUGUGGACCUUGGCCUUGGAACUCACCGCGUCAAAUGUAGAGUGCACAAAGACUUCCGACUAAUUGUCAUAGAAGAAAGAGAGGUGGUCUAUGAACAGUUCCCGAUACCUCUCAUCAAUAGGCUGGAGAAACAUUACUUAGACAUUCACACUGUUCUGAAAACUCCACAGAAGAAGAUGGUUGAGGAGUUGAAGAACUGGGUCGGGAGCUUUGUGACAGUCAGAAAGCCUAAUUUUGAUGUGAAUCAGCCAUACAAGUACCUUCCAUCAGACGUCUUCAUUGGCUACCAUUCAGACACCUGUGCUUCUGUGAUUCAUCAAGUGAUCAAGACGGAGGAGGACAAUUCUGAAAUCUCAGAAGUCGAAGGCAGCAUUCUCAAUGAGGCUAAACUCGUAUUGCUUAGAUGUGCCACACCAGAUUCAGUAGUGCGGUUGGACUGCACAGAUCUCUCCAAAGUGGAGGUUGAAGAUCUUGCACAGGUCUACUUUCAAAAGCAGAAAAACGGCUGCCUGGCUGACUUCAUAUCUUCCCAUACAAGACAGGAUAUCCAUAGCGUUUGCGCCUUCACAGAGGUUACAACAUUCUCCAGACUUCUCACUGCAUCUGACUUAAAGCCGCUGGAGCAAAUGUUGCAAAGUGCUGUGGAGCUCCUCUCGCUCCAGCAGUUUGAAACAGAACAAUCCUUCCUGAAAAAAAUCAGCAACAUCCUCACGGAUGACAAACAACAGAGCCAUGGUGAACCCUGCAUCAAGGUCAUCCUCAUUCAGAGUGAUUUUACGGAGGCAACCCAUGGUGCCAAUUUCAUAUCCUCUGCAAAGUAUUCAUCCAUGAAUGAAAUAAACAAAAUUACUCCAGAGAGUUUGGGCUGCAGGGUCUUCAUCUACUUUAUCACCAGGCUACGAAGAAUUGAAGGAGGGACUUCCUAUGUUGGAUUUCAUGGCGGCCACUGGACUUCGGUGCACAUUGAUGACCUCCGACAGUCAAAGGACAUUGUUUCAGACAUUAAAACCUUGCAAAACAUGACCAUCAGUCAGAUGUUUGAAACAAAAAUGGCUGCAAAUGAAGAUAUGGAGUUGGACGAUGUUCAGGAGAAGGAAGCAGAGCUGAGAAAAGAUUACGAAGAUGACAUGUCUCUGGACAUGGACACAACAGAGCUGGUGCGUAGCUGUGUGCAGAGUGCAGUAGGCAUGCUAAGGGACCGGGAAGAAAGUGGUUUCCGGAGCACUCAACGAGUUGACACUCUUCUGAAGCUUCUCAGUGACCGUGACGAAGUAGCAGGUGUCUUUUUCCAAAUUGUAAAGAGGCGUCUUCAUUCAAUGCUAGCGAGUACCAGCACUUUCACAGCUGCUACAGGCAACUGGGUUGUCAAUGUGGCUUCUAAUAUUGACGCCUUACAGGAAGGAGGUACAUUCAGGCUCACUUUAUGGAAGCGAGUUCAGUCUGUGGUCAUCCCCAACUUGGCUCAACUGGUUUCAGUCAUCGACACCGACCAAAACCUGGACAUUUUAAUGAAUAGAGACUGUAGUCAUUCUGUCAAGAGGCUGUGGUUAGAGAUCUUUGGCGAUGAGAAAUUGCUGGAAAUUCCACAGCCAACGCUCAACUCAGAGAUGAGAACGAUUCUUGUACGAAACCACUUGACCCAAGGCAGGGAUUUGAGCUUGUGCAUGCCUUUCAGCGGGAUGAUCAAGGACUACAUAGAGGAGCUCUGGGUUCAUGCGCUUCAAAAUGAAGGUCACACUCAACAAGGAUUUAAUAAAUUCUUUUCGAGGACACCACUAGGGCAAUACAUUGCAAAGGCCACCCCAGAGAUGCAGUCAGAAUUUUUCCAGCGCUACCUACAGGAUUUUGUCUCUUUGACAAUGAAUGUGACCUGUCAGAAAGAACUACAGCUUCUGAGUGGUGCAUUAAACAGCUGCAUCAACGAGCUGCGCUUGCAGCUCUCUGCCGAGGACACAGUUCUGUCGCUUCCAUGGAUCCAUGCCGCGUAUCAUUGGUUCAAAAACAGACUGCUGAACCUCUGCAGAAUGGGCCGCCUCGAACCCCAGGUGACUGACAACCUGUUGGAGAAUCCUAAUUUCAGCAAUGGAGUUGAGCUGGUUCUUGACGUGUAUGCUGCCCUGGCAUGCCUGGAAUACCUGGAACCCGGACUCUUGGAGUCAGAUGCCGAUAAACAAGCCUGGCUCAGACGAGUAAAAAAACUAAAGGUUCCAAUUGAGCUGGUCUGCUCAGAAGACAGUGUGAGACGUUAUCGAGAGAAGAGCAAGAAUAUUGUCUGCAGUGUCCAAAAUGUGUGGAAUCGAAUAUUUUCUGUGUCCCUAUUUGUGGAGCACUUUGAGGUGGUAGAAAGCGAAAUGACUCCUUUAGUGCGACUCUACAUGCGGUCACUCAAUCAGAUUCUUGCAAAUAAUUCUGAUCUGAAAACACAACAACCAUUCGAGGCAGUGAUCGAUUUACUCAAAAAAUGCAAAGAGGAAGCUGUUCAAAGGAUUUUCAGGUUUGAUGCAGUUCCUUGGUGCUUGCUGUGUCAGGGAGACCCACAUAACCCAGUCUGUCUGCCGUGCAACCACAUAUUCUGUGGCUCAUGCAUUACAAAGUGGUUGAUUCCCUGUCAGAUGUACUGUCCCCACUGUAACCAGUCAGUUGAUGAGGGCUUUGCAGUGGUUCCAUCAGAGGACUUAAGGAUUCGAAUUGAACAGCACAAGCUGUUCAGGAAUAAGUGCAAUGCUUUCUUCAUCGACCUGGUGUCUUGUGUGUGCUUCAAGGACAACUCCCCCCCAUGUCCAGCUGUCAUUCUCCACUUGCUGUCUUUUCUCAUCGUGGAAACCAGCGCUGUUCCUGUUCUGAGUGGGAAUCAGCAAAUCCUGACCAAGGUGCUUUCUCCGUUUGAUGACUCUGCGGAUAAAAACCCAGUGGUUCGCUCGAUGGUGCUUAAACUCCUGCUAAAGUACAGUUUUGACAAAGUGCAUGAGUACCUUGAACAGCACCUGCUGGCUGUGGAGCGCUGCAACAUUUUAGAGGAGAAGGACAAAACUAAACUCUACUGUCUCUACAUGAACUGCCUACAGGAUUCCAUGUACGAGAGGUUUGAGUUUAGAUCUGAUACAGACAGGCGGGUUUGUCUGCGCCAUGAAAGUGACUUCUUGAAGGAAUUUCUGCUGUCGCACAAUCUGUCAGCUGAACCGACCGUGGAGAAUCUACAGCAGGUGGCAAGACUUCGAAUGGACCUGGAUGUCGCAGCUGCCAUCAUUGACACUCAAUUCCAGGGCAUGGGUCAGUUUAAAAACGAUGACUUCCUGGAGGCUGUGAUAAAGCUGUGCACAUGCAGUGGGAACAACUGGUAUCGUGUCUACUUGAUUCGUAAGAUAUGCUGCCAACAAGGAGUGGAGUUUGUCUUGAAACUGCUCAACAUUGAGAACAUGCACUGGCUCUUUCCCGAGGAAGUUCUGCAAAAGAGUGAAGAGGCCACCUCAGUUGAUCAGUAUCUUGUGUGUGGGGAGAGCUACAAGGCAAUCAGAGAUGCAUGUGUACAGGCAAUUGCAGACGGCCAAAUGAACAAUCUAGAUGAUAUUUGUCAGGACUGCACAACAUCACCACAGGUGACAGUUUACCUUCUCUUAGCACUGUACAGAGAAGUAACAACCCUCUACAGAAAUCCCAAUGCCAGUUUACACAUAAACCAGGAGCGUCUACAACCCCUACUGAAUUUCAUUGAGUCUUCCAAGGUGCUUGCCGACCCAAAGGUAAAGCGCUUUGCUCAGGCUCUGGUGACCAACAGAUUAGGGCCCAUGGCGCUCGGUCCCGGGAUUUCAGGGGACUAUUACGUGUCCGUCUCGCUGACUGUUCACCUGGCUGCAGUCCUGCUCUGCACGAACCAGAAGAUUGUAGCGCCUCUGCAGCAGCUGGCGAUGGCCCCAGCAAGCAUGCAGGCUGCCUUCCUGCCUACCAUGCCCCAAGACAAGUUAGCAGAUGCGAUGCAAGCUCUGCCGGGAAUGAAGUGGUACUAUUGUCCAAAUGGACACCCCUGUACUGUUGGCGAAUGUGGGAUGCCUAUGACAACACGUCAUUGCUAUGACUGUGGUGCUCUUAUUGGUGGGACCAACCACAAACCUGUACCAAAUUUUAAUCCUGUUGAAAACCAAGGCGACCGCACUCAUCCAGGCCACAUCCUAGGCAACCCCAGUCGAAGGAACAAUGCAGACAUGAUGGACAAUGGUCAUCUAUCUCCUGUUGCCUUCACAAUUAUCCGCAUGCUAACUCACAUGGCCAUGCUGCUUGGCGUCUGGAGCUCCACCAAGGCUAUCGCUUCUAUCAUCAAGCCUACGGUCACAGACCCAGGGUCAUUUCUACUUGCUCACCUUCAAAAAGACAUAGAGCAUCUUGUCAAAUGUCUGCGCAAAGGGACAGAUGACGCAGUCGGUACAGUUCACCUGCUGCUCGGUAGCCUUCUGAAACCUCAAGAGUCCCAGAACUCGACCGAUCACCGGUUACUUUCCACCAAAGUAAUGAGAAGUGAAUGGGAGGUCCAAAUGAGCAAAAUCAUCAUGCCUAAGCUGAUGCUUUUGGAUCGACAGCUUAAGCAAAUGAACAUGUUAAUCCAGAAUGACAACUCCAAUCCCAUCAUGAGGCUGCUGUGUGACAAUCCAGGCUUCUUCUUGGCGUCACUUCCAACAAAUUCCCACAUCCAAAGUUCAGCCUUGUGGAGCUGCAGGGAGAAAGUCUCUCUACCGCACCUUACACAUGUGGUGGAGCUGAGUGACGGAAAAGACAACCUGCCUGUGUUAUGGAGAUUUCUCAACAGGGAAGCAGAGCUGCGACUGGUGAGGCACCUCCCUGACAUCCUCACCCUCCAGAAAGAACUGGUUAAGAAAUUUCAAAACCUGAGUGAAAUUACGUGCGGCACCAUCGUGGAGUUUCUCCACAGCCAGAAAGAAGCUUCAUUAAAAGCCUGGUAUGAGAAACAAAUCAACAUCUUCUUGACUACCUGGAAUCAGCUCAGAACCUCUUUGGCAACCAAAAGUGAGAUCAAGCUGCCCGACGAGUUCUGUCAGAAGGACCUCGACACCUACAGUGACCUUAAGGUCCUGUUUCCUCAGCGACAAGGCUCCGGUCUGUGCUCUACAGCCCUUGUUAGCUACCUCAUCGCCCUGCACAAUGACAUGGUCUACUGUGUGGACAAGCACAUGGGAGAGGAGACCAGCUACAAAGUCAGCCCUGCAGAUUUGACUGACCUGCAUGUGAUCCACUAUGAGCUGGAAAGGGACAUCAUGUCAAUGAUUCUUUCCAACUCCCAGUACAGCAUAGAGCGGGGCCAAGAGACCCUUCACGAAUAUGAUUUACCUAAGAUCCAGAUGCAGAUUAUCUCCCGCAUUCUCCUGGGCAAACCGCUUAUUUAUAUGGAUGGAAUCCCAACCCUUGUGAACAGGCACGAACGCAACUACCAGAUCAUCCUGAAAGACGUCAGAGAAAAAGUCAAACAAGAGACUCUCCCAGCUCUGACUGCUUUGGAUCUGGCCAGGGAUCUGCACAACUACAGCGAGGUGUAUGAGGCCCUCUCCACUUUGGAAUUGGUCCUCGGUUUCCUUGCCAUGGCUGGGGGAGACCCUCACAUGCAGCUGUCCUCCUACCUGGAGGAGGUGCUCCAGAUGGAAAGCCAGAUUUCUGAGCAUAUCCUCAAGGUCCUGAGCCUGUUUUCUUUAAAGCAUUGUGUUGUACUGUGGCAGCUGCUGACCUCUCUCAAAUCAGACAAUAUGCUGAUGCUUAAAAAGGAUCCUUUCGAAAGAGUCUGUGAAGUGUACAAGAAGGACCUCGGUGAGGAUGAGCGCGAACAACUGACUGCUUUCUCUUCUGAGAGCAGCACUGACACGAUCUUGUUGGAGCUGCAUGAGUUCCUAGUCCUGGAGCUGCAGAAUCCCAAAGCACCAGAUGACUUCAAGCCAGAGUGGAGCCUGAAGGACUCUCUGGAGGCGUACAUGAUGCGCAAAGACCUGGACUUUCCUCCUGACCUGGAGAAACACUUCCCGUCUGAGAUCUUCCUUUGUCACUGUGUGGAAACCUGGAAGUUCAUCAACGCCAUCAAGCAAGAGCGCAGCCGAAGGCAAAUAGGAUGAGAGGGAACGGCUUUUCUACUUUAAGUCUGCCUUGUCACAUGAUCAUGUUUACAUUAUUCAUGGGCCAAACAUUUUGAAGUGCAAUGGAUGGCUGACAGACUUCUAAAAAUGUAGUAGUAGAAACCAUUUUCAAUCUUUUUCUAUUUUCUUCACUAUAGUCUUAUAUACUGCACCAAUGAUGUGAUGUUCCAUGGAAGCUGAAGAAAAGUGUUAUCUGUACUGUAGCCUUACUUGGUUCAAUUGCACAAGUUGCCUUGCUGUAUUAUAUAUAAUGUGCCUUCUUAAUACAGCAUCCUUAAGCUUA